AUGCUCUCGCUAAAUCGCACAUCUGAUCUUCGAUAUUUGAAGAUGUCUCAGAACGUGAAGCUGACCCCAAAUCUGGACCAGAACACUACGAGGCUCCUCAAUCUCACAGUUCUCCAGCGAAUCGAUCCCUUCAUCGAGGAGAUCCUUAUCACAGCCGCUCAUGUCACCUUCUAUGAAUUCAACAUUGAGCUCAGUCAAUGGAGUCGUAAGGAUGUUGAAGGAUCCUUGUUUGUUGUCAAAAGAAAUAAACAACAACCUCGGUUUCAGUUUAUCGUCAUGAAUCGCCGGAAUACAGGUCAGAAAUCUCUUCCCAGUUAUGAUUUAGAUAAUCUGGUGGAAGAUCUCCUGGGAGAUUUUGAGUAUGAAGUCCAAGGUCCAUAUUUACUUUACCGUAAUGCAGCUCAAGAAGUAAAUGGCAUCUGGUUCUACAAUAAACGUGAAUGUGAGGAGGUAGCACGUCUUUUCGACAGCACAUACAUAUUUCCAUACUCGUAUCUUCGCCUUAUGGUUCCUUGGCAUGACAGAUUACUUAAGGCAUAUUCCAAGGCAAACCAGAAGCCAAAUACGUCAUCUUCAAAAAGCGAGUUUGAGGAACUGGAAGCUGUGCCUACAAUGGCAGUUAUGGAUGGUCCUCUUGAACCAUCUUCAACUGCUAGGGAUUCUCCUGAUGAUCCUGCUUUCAUUAAUUUCUUCAGCUCGGCGAUGGCUCAUGGGAACGGUCCGAGUGGGUUGGCAAGUGCACCACAAUACCAAUCAUCAGGAAUUCCUCUGCAACCUCACCAACCCAACAUUGCCCCUCCCGCAACGGCAGCUACACCUCCGCAGAUCAAUUCACCGCCGCCUCUCUCAUCCUCCUCUCCUCUGAUGCCUCUCUUUGACAACAACCCUGAUCUCGUUAACAGCAACCCCAACGUUCACACGGAUCUGGUGACGCCGUCCUCUUUCUUUGGACCCCCACGGAUGAUGGCACAACCACACCUCAUUCCUGGUUCAUCUAUGCCCACUGCACCUCCUCUGAACCCUAAUAAUGCGACUCACCAGCAGCGCCCAUAUGGUACUCCGAUGCUUCAGCCUUUCCCACCACCAAAUCCACCACCUUCACUCGCUUCUGCACCCACUGGCCCUGUUAUUAACAGAGACAAAGUCAAAGAAGCCCUUUUAGCGCUGGUUCAGGAGAACGAUUUCAUCGACAUGGUGACCCGAGCUUUGCAAAAUGCACAUCAACCAUGA